AAAGUUUUUAAACCCAAACCCAUAUUGACCCAAUGGUUUAUAAGCUGAUGUUAUGUCCUGGUUUAUAAGCAUAAGAUGCACACCAGGACAUAACAUCAGAUCUUGUCCAGUGGUCAAAGGCAAGCACAAAAAAAAAUUUCAAGAUGAGCAAGCUUCUCAAUCAGUAGAGGAUGUGAACAUGAUAGCACCUACAGAAUCUCAAGACUCCGAAUCUUUAUUCAUUCCUGUACCUGAAUUAAAUCUGCCAUCUACUCAGCUUUCUAGUAAUCGUUCAAGUCGGCCUGAAUCUGAUCCAACCUUUCUUGAGUCUGAUCCGUACUUUCAUCCUGAAUUUGAUCCAUCCUUCCAUCCUGAAUUUGAUCCAGCCUUCCAGUCUGAUGAUGAAGAGAUCGAACAUGAGUCUGAUCCAACUCUAAUGCCCAAGGUGAUUUCAGAAGCCAACACUAGGCUUAAACAAAGACGGUUGUUGCAAGAUCCUACUGGUACAAGGAAGAUCAGUUUUAUUACAGAUGAAAGUGGUGUAAGUUUGCCUACUAAUCUGCCAUAUUCAUCAAGAAAGAUCAGUUGGAACGGAAAGGCUGCAAUGACCUCAAAGCAGCUGCUAGAAGAAAAGGAAAAAAGACUUGGCAAAAUGAAGGCUAGAAGGGGUAGACUUUAGGGCAAUUCAAACUUAAACUUUUUUUUUUUUGGGUUACUAUGGUGUUAUGUAAUGUCAAUAGACAAGUAAAUUGAUGUUUUUGAUGUUUUUGUGUUGCAUCAGUUAUGCAAUUACUACUUUUGAGGUGAAUGACUAUACUGGUGCUGUUUUAAUUUC